CCAGCACGCUCAUCGCCCUGGCUGACAAGCACGCUACCUUGUCAGUGUGCUAUAAGACUGGACCUGGGUCGGAGAACGACGAGGAAGGGGAGCCGGAGGAGGAGAUGGAGAACCCCGAGGUGGUGGAGCUGCCCGAGAAACUCAAACACCAGCUGCGGCACCGUGAGCUCUUUCUGUCUCGGCAGCUGGAGUCCCUGCCCGCCACCCACAUCAGGGGCAAGUGCAGUGUCACGCUCCUCAAUGAGACGGAGUCGCUCAAGUCCUACCUGGAACGGGAGGACUUCUUCUUCUAUUCUCUUGUCUACGACCCCCAGCAGAAGACCCUGCUGGCUGACAAGGGGGAGAUCCGAGUAGGGAACCGCUACCAGGCUGACAUCACUGACCUGCUGAAGGAAGGCGAGGAGGACGGGCGUGACCAGUCCAGACUGGAGACCAAGGUCUGGGAGGCGCACAACCCGCUCAUUGACAAGCAGAUCGACCAGUUCCUGGUUGUAGCCCGCUCCGUGGGCACCUUUGCACGUGCACUGGACUGCAGCAGCUCGGUCCGGCAGCCCAGCCUGCACAUGAGUGCCGCAGCCGCCUCCCGGGACAUCACCCUGUUCCACGCCAUGGACACGCUCCACAGGAACGUCUACGACAUCUCCAAAGCCAUCUCCGCCCUGGUGCCACAGGGCGGGCCUGUGCUAUGCCGGGACGAGAUGGAGGAGUGGUCAGCCUCGGAGGCCAACCUCUUUGAGGAGGCCCUAGAGAAGUAUGGGAAGGACUUCACAGACAUCCAGCAGGACUUUCUCCCAUGGAAGUCGCUCACCAGCAUCAUCGAGUACUACUACAUGUGGAAGACAACCGACAGAUACGUACAGCAGAAACGCUUGAAAGCUGCCGAAGCUGAGAGCAAGUUAAAGCAAGUUUAUAUCCCCAACUACAACAAGCCAAACCCAAACCAGAUCAGCGUGAGCAGCACCAAGGCAGGUGUGGUGAACGGCACAGGGGCGCCAGGCCAGAGCCCCAGUGCUGGCCGGGCCUGCGAGAGCUGUUACACCACACAGUCUUACCAGUGGUAUUCUUGGGGUCCCCCUAACAUGCAGUGUCGUCUCUGCGCCUCUUGUUGGACUUACUGGAAGAAAUAUGGUGGCUUGAAAAUGCCAACCCGCUUAGACGGUGAGCGGCCGGGACCCAACCGCAGUUCCACGAGUCCCCACGGCGCCCCGGCCCGGAGCAGUGGGAGCCCCAAGUUUGCCAUGAAGACGCGGCAGGCCUUCUACCUGCACACCACCAAGCUGACUCGCAUCGCCCGGCGCCUGUGCCGUGAGAUCCUGCGCCCCUGCCACGCCGCCCGGCACCCCUACAUGCCCAUCAACAGUGCCGCCAUCAAGGCUGAGUGCACGGCACGGCUACCCGAGGCCUCGCAGAGCCCGCUGGUGCUGAAGCAAGUGGUGCGGAAACCCCUGGAAGCUGUGCUCCGGUACCUUGAGACCCACCCGCGCCCCCCAAAGCCCGAGUCCACAAGGAGCGUGGCUGGCGCGCCUGGCAGCCUGACCCCCGCCAAGGCGGCCCCCGUUAUCAACAACGGCUCCCCCACCAUCCUGGGCAAGCGGAGCUACGAGCAGCACAACGGGACCGAUGGCAACGUGAAGAAGCGCCUCCUGAUGCCCAGUAGGGGUCUCACAAACCAUGGACAGACCAGGCAUAUGGGACCAAGUCGAAACUUGCUGCUCAACGGGAAGUCGUAUCCCACCAAAGUGCGCCUGAUCCGUGGGGGCUCCCUGCCCCCUGUCAAGCGGCGGCGGAUGAACUGGAUCGAUGCCCCUGAUGACGUGUUCUAUAUGGCCACGGAGGAGACCAGCAGGAAGGUCCGCAAGCUGCUCUCGUCCUCAGAGACCAAACGAGCGGCGCGCCGGCCCUACAGGCCCGUCGCCCUGCGCCAGAGCCAGGCGCCACCCCUCCGACCCCCACCGCCGCCUGUCAACGAUGAGCCCAUUGUCAUCGAGGACUAGGGCGGCCCCCUGCAGACUGCGCCUGCCCGCUGCCCAUGCCCACGUCACCGCCGCCUCCCCUCCCGGUGUUUGGUAGUGGCCCCUCCUGUCCCGCCCCUCCAGAGCGCGCCCCCCAGAACGCCUGCGGGGAGCGAGGUUAACUUAUUCCUCCGAGAAUGCCAGGGCCCCUAGCUUUGUGUUUCCUUUGGCCAGAGGGAGACCGGCCGCCGGCUCUCACCGCCCGGCUGGCACUGCAGGGCCUCUUGGCCCAGCGAGAGGCUGACCUGUGAGAUUCCGUUGUGUUCUGUGGAAGGUGCCAUUUUAAAUUUUAUUUUUAUUACUUUUUUUGUAGAUGAACUUGAGCUCUGUACCACUCACACCUGGAAUGUUGGGGCCGGCGCAGCCACACUGCCCGCCGGGUUGGCCCUUGUCUUUUCAAGUAAUUUUCAUAUUAAACAAAAAGGGGGAAAAGGCAACAAAAGACUGGUCCUCUUCCCCA